AUGAGCGAAAUCCUGAUCCAAACGCAGGAACUUCGAGAGCAGGUCCGGUACCACACCACCAAACACCAAUCCGGUGCCCUUGUCUUCAACGGGUUUACCGAGAAGUGCCAACAAGCUUGUAUCGCCAUUCUUGACGAGGUGAAUCGACGGUACGGGCGGAAGAAGGACGACAAGUUCGAGUGGAUCGCCAUCGAAUGGACAGAAGAGCGUGUUGAUCCGGAUGGGGAUCCUUCCGUGGCACCUACCUUCCUUUCACCCUUCUGCGUGAUCUCGGCUUCUCCCAAGGACAUCGAGCGGGUCUGGCGACAACGAGGGAUAUCUGAAUGGACGGUCCGACUCCGUUCGUGGAUGCGAAAGGUCGACCUCAAGACUUCGGUUCAGGACUGGGCCGCCUUCCAGCCGUCUACGCCGACGUUCGAUAUGGUCAGGAAGAGCAAGACGGGAUACGAGUUCCUUUACGUCGUCAGCGACUCGGACUCGAAGCCUACCAAAGACGAAGAUGACGAGUUCAUGAAGGAGACUUGGGCCGGGGUGGCGGGAGCGACACUAGUCCAGCCAGGCUGGUAUAGGCGAGAGAGUGUCGUCAUUGCCUACGCUAGGUACUCGGCUGCGGAGCUGCAACAGCCUGCUACUGUCGAGACUGAUGAUGCCAAGACUUCGACUACGGUCUCGACUACGGUGUCUGUCACUAGGAAGAUCCGUAAAGGCUUGGGAAAGAUGCGAUUCAAACCCAACCUCAAGCCAUCCCUCCUCUCCGCGACUCUCCUCUCCGCAGCCUCCUCGUCUUCUAGCCAGGCGUAUUCGAGCGAGGCGUUCGAGCUGCCGCGGUCCCGUCAAAGGUCGGAUCCAGCCAACGAGCAGGAAGCCCCGGCCAAGAAGAAGCAGGAGACCUCGGCGGCCAAGCAGCAAGAGACCUCGGCCAAGAAGACGGAGACGGUAUUGUUACGGGAUCAUUGCAUCACCAGCGUGGCGCCAGGGCGAGUGAAAGAGGUAGACCAGAAGCGACCGCGAGCGGGAGAGUGCGAGCGACAUGGAGAGCAAGAGCGAGCGGGAGAGGUGGACCGAGAAGUAGAGGUGGACCGAGAGGUAGAGGUGGAACGAGAGGGAGAGGGACAUGCGGAAGAUCAGGAAGGGGUUGUCGGUCUCUAUCGAGAUUGA